AUGGCCGAGCCUAUUGGCCUCAUUGCGAGUGUGAUACAGGUGGCCGGUGCAGGGCUGAAGCUGUCUCAGACGCUCUAUCAAUAUGUCGACGGCGUUGCGACCGCCGAUAGAAGAAUCAAGGACAUUGCCAAAGAGAUCGAGUUGACGAGUUUCGUGGUUGAAGAGUUGGGCAAUGUAUUCAAGCAAGAUGAAACGUCAAAUCUGAUAUCCAAGAAUGCCGUCAAGACAGCGAAUGAGACGAUGAAGGAGUGCUCUACUGUUUUCGCCGAUAUAGAUGCGACCCUCAAAAAAAGCAAGAAGAACACAUUGGGAAGGCUGAUGUUGCCUUUCCGGGACACCAAAAUCGAACUGUUGCGCAACCAUAUUGACAAACUCAAGAGCACGUUGCAACUCUUGAUGCAAGUCCUCACGCACGCACAUCAAGUCGCAUCGAAGAAACUCGACCGCGAGGCUGAAGCGAAGCAGCGUGAGGACAUCAGGGAGCUUCUCGAGAACAAGAAGAGGUCGACGAAGAGAUACGAAGAAUCACUGCGGAAUUUCAGUGUCAGCGAUGGUAGUACUAUCACUGACAAUGACCAAGAGUCAGAGAAGGACAAUGACGACCCUAUGUCUACCGACGCUCUUACCAUCGCUGCUUCAGCCAUCGGCUCGACGAUAACGCCGGAUACCCUCGGGAAGUGCGUCCAGCAUAUUCGGAGCUUAUUGGAAGAUAUCGAGACGCUGCAGCAAGCUCUUACCAGUCAAGUCGCUGGUGACGAUCAUUCCGAACAUCACCAGAGCCUCAUAGGAUCCUAUUUUCGUGCCCGUGGUCAUCUCGAUAGUGUUCUUCUAGGCAGUGCAAAGAACCCGGAUACCAGCUCACUAACUAGCACGACCCUUCAGGCAAAGGUUAGAGAGGCAGAGAUUGGAAUACAGAAGACCAUGACGGGUAGCACGCUAAACCAAAUUUCGUCUCGCAGCGAUACUCUUAUGGAUGCUAAUUUUAGUAAGGCGUUACAAGAAGCUACAGAGAGGGCGCGAGUAGAGGAGAAGGAACGCUGGGCAGCAAAAGUGGCGCUCGAAGCCGCUCACAGCAAAGCCACAAAGUCUCCUCACGCUGAACGCCAGACUCCCAUCAGUUUCCAGGAUACACUAGGAAGGAAAUAUACGGUUCCGUUCCACGUAUGCAGUACAUGGGAGGGAAUGUACAAAUUCAUCAAAGAGGCGUAUGUUGAUGAAAGCAGUUGGAAGCAGCACGUUCAUAACAGGAGCUUUAAAUUGACGGAUGCCAAUGGAAACAUACUGCUGUCGAGGUAUUGGAGCUCCGUUAUCGAGCCAGGGUCGACCAUCGCCAUGCAGUUCUUGUCGACGUGUAAACCUAUCGAGGGACACGACUCAAGUCUAAGGAGGACCGACACGAACAAUGAUGUUGAAGAUCAGACCAGACUUACACGUCCUUGGAGCAGUGCAGCAGGGUCGCUGCGGUUGAAAAAGCAAAUGACCGGUCGUAGAGGGUCACGGGCAUGGAGUUUAGGGGUGGACAGCAGACAACAGACGGCUGAUACGGACACACCUCUACCCGAUAGCACCAUCGACGAACCACUUCCUCGACCGGCUGGUAUUGAUGCAAAAGGAGGGGCAGAAGAGCCCAAGCCAGUUUUGGUAGCUUCUGAGAUUGAACGUCAAUCUUCUGACGCCCAAAAUAAGGCAUCCUUACCUAGUGUCAAGGAGCCAGUUGACCAAACGAACAGCAAGGAUGAGUUAGUCCUAGAGGAUUUAGAUAUGGCGCUCGACCUGAAUGACGAUCAAGGACCUGAGACGCCAAAAUAUCCGACAAACCUCAAGUUUCCAUCGCAUGUACCUGUCGAGCUAUCGAAACCAGUCUUCGAAACUAACAGGAGGGCCCGAAACAAGGUUAGGAAGGCGGUCGUUUUCACUGAUACCGAAGACGUUCGGCCAUCUUUUGCUUCAGUUCGCCCUAGGCCAUCCGAGACACAUAACGCUCCCGUUUUUCCCAUAUCUCACCAACCAUACGCUCCAUACAGGAUAGUUGAAACGGCUGGCACGAGCGAGGGCGCUCAAUCGGUGCACAAGGAAGAGGCGGUUGGAAGCUCCAAACCUCUCCCAGACGACGACAUUGCCCUGAAACGAGCCCGCAAUACUCUUGCCGCUCGUGAAUCUCGGCAGAGGAAGUUCCACCAUGUCGGCGACAUCGAGCGACCCAAGUCUGAGCUUGACCUAUUCGAUCCCUACGCGAUGCCAACCAAACACACACACAAGGCGGAAGUGGAUAUCGAUGCUACAGUCAGAAAUAUGCCAGAUGACAUUGAAAAAGUCAGCGAGUGGGCAGCACUGCUCGAUGGUGUUCAGGACAAGACUGACAACCCAGCUGUUUCAGCUCAAGGAGUCCGACAAGCCAUCAGUAGGCAACCUUCCUCUGGUCCUUGGGAAAGCGUGCCAAGGGCAGUAGAGAGCACUUCAGAUGAAGAUGCCGGUAAUGGCAGAAUACAGAUAGCGCCACCCGUCAAGAUGCCGGUCCCCAAGUCUCUUCCUCCAAAUUACGAUAGUGGCAGCCAUGAUGCACCACCUCCACGCUUUGGGGGCAGUGGUCCUUAUAGUUACCACUACUCACUAACAAAAGGCAAGAGUCCAGAGGACUCUCCACGAAGGGAGGUACGGGAAUCGCUCAAUGCACGGUCUGAGUACGGAGCAUCUACCAACACCGAUCUUUCUUCCAUCCAUAUGACUCCCGCAGUCGCCAAGGCCGUCAGACUGUUCAAACGCCCACUUGUAAUGAACAAGAUAGAAUCACCUCCUGUAAGCUGGGGUCCAGCACACUCAAUCAGCUACCCCGACGCGCCAUCGGAUAGUAUUGGACCAGCUGCUCCACUACGGUUACUUGGACGUUCCAAUUCCUCUAGACGCCGCAGUGCAGUGGCAUCGCACAUGUCGUCGCUUCCGUAUGCACGCUUACCCCCGCCACCACCCCCAACAGACCGAAUCGACCUACCGUUGUCUUCUGCUACAUACAUACCUUGUGGAGAUUCGUUUGGUUCCGGCGUAGGCAUACCUCAAUUGCAUACUGAAACGCCAGAAUCCGACGUGGACCGCGCGCGCUACAAGCACAAGGUCAGCAGCAAUAGCGGCUCCGGAAGGCCGUCGUACCCCAGUGUGGAAGAUUGGGACGAAGAUGAUGAUGAAGAUGAUGAUGAAGUUGAAGCCGAGGUGUCGGUGGAAGGAGCUAGUGAGGAUCUCGAUGAGGUGGAUGAGUUGUUGAAGGAGUGGACGAAUGUGCUUGGGGGUGAGGAUUGA